AUGAUGCCCUGCUUUCUUUGGUAUGGAUAUAAUUUGGCCAUUCUGGGUGGUGUUUUGAGUCAGCCCAAUUUUUACAAUCAAUUUCCUAAACUUAAUACAGAUACCACCACGGGCGCUACCCACCACUAUAACUCCAAUAUCCAAGGAACUGUCAGUUCUAUCUAUACAGUGGGUGGUAUGUUUGGUGCUCUGUCUGCUUCAUUCUAUGGAGACAUUCUGGGACGUAGAAAGACCAUUUUCAUUGCAUCUAUACUUUGCUUGAUUGGAGCUGUUCUUAUGACCAGUUCGUUCUCUCUAGGCCAGCUUAUUGUUGGAAGACUCAUUCUCGGCUUGAGUGCCGGUACUGUGUCCGCAUCAGUUCCAGUUUAUCAAAGUGAAAUCUCCAGUGCUUCGAAAAGAGGAACUCAUGUAGCCUAUACUGGAUUUUUCAUUACCUCAGGUAUCUUGAUUGCCUACUGGAUUGACUUUGGAUGUUCCUAUAUUAACAGUUCUGCUUCGUGGAGAGUCCCUUUUGCUGUGCAACUGAUCUUGCCAUUAAUCUCUGGAACUUUGAUCUUCUUUUUGCCAGAAUCACCACAUUGGCUGAUCAAAGUCGGACGAGUCGACGAAGCUAGAUCAAUCAUGUCACUCUUUGUAGACAACGCUGAUCCCUACUCUGAUCCUGUCGAAGAACAAGUUGCUGAGAUUCAAAGAUCGUUAUCUGUCAUGCAAACUCUUAGAUUCAGAGAUGUCCUGUCAAUGAAAGAUAGUCGUAUUUUCCACCGAGUACUAUUGGCACUCUUUUCGCUCUUCUGUUCUCAAGCUUGUGGAGUGAAUGCUGUUACCUUUUAUGCACCAUCUCUUCUCGCUCAAGCGGGAAUUUCACCUGGAAUGGCUGGCUGGCUAGCUGGUUGUACUGAAAUUGUUCAACCAAUUGGCGCUUAUCUUGCAGUGCUGACUGUAGACAGUUUUGGUAGAAGAAGGCUGUUAAUGACAGCCGCCAUCGGUAUGGGUAUAUCGAUGAUUGUCAUGGCCGCCUGUACUGCACAGACUGAAAACAAGUCUGCUCUUCAUGCUGGUGUUGCCUUUUUAUUUAUUAUCAACCUUGCCUACAGUUAUGGAUUCUUGGGUGUCUGCUUUGUGUAUUCAGCGGAAAUCGCCCCACAGAGAAUCAGAGCUCUUAUCAAUGGUUUCGCAACUUUUGUCACCUGGGGCACUAACUUCUGGGUCGUUGAAGUAACACCUGUGGCCUUUGCUAGUAUCGGAUGGAGAUACUACAUCGUCUAUGCUGCCACAAACCUAGCAUUGAUUCUUCCAGUCCUUUACUUUUGUUUUCCGGAAACUUCUGGUCUUCACCUUGACCAAAUAGACGAGGUAUUCAGCAAAGCAAAGGGAUUUUUCGAUAUUGUGAGAGUAGCAAAAGAAGUGAAACAAGAAGGAUACCAGCACGAACCCUCUGUCAUCGAUACCAAAGAACAGAUUGAAGAGGAAGAAAGUAUAAAUUAG